AUGUCGUUUGGAGUCGGCAUAGGUGAUAUUUGUUUGAUCCUCGAUGGUAUCAUAACAAUUUGCAAAAAUGCGAGCGAAACGAAACAAAUUCUGCUGGCUGCACAGCGUGAUGUGUCAAUGUUGAGGAGUACGGUGUUGUUGUUGAGAGAUGAGAUUGGCGAUGAACGACUUUUUGUUAAAAGCGGGAAUACCGAAAGGGUCUCCACAAUUCGAAGCAGUUUGAAACCACUCAAGAACGAUGUCCGAGAGAUUCAAGAAAUGUUAACUUCGUAUACAAAUCCGGCGCCAAAGUUUCUUGACAAAGUCCGCUAUGCAACGCUUGAUAAGAAUCGGUUUGAUGACUUGCGCGAAAAGUUCACGGGUCAUCGUAUAAAUAUUAUUGUGAUAUUAAAUCUUAUCAUCUCGAGGCGACAAAAAGGUCAAAGCUCUGUACUGUAUCAAAUUAACGAGAAUCAAACAAAGUCUAGUUUGAGACAACAAGACGAGAUAAGGAAAUUGCGGAAGAGUUUAGAAAACAAUGGAGAGAAGACAUCGCAGAGUCUUGAGGAGAUCCUGCAGCUUCUCAAGGGUGACCUCUCCCUGCCGAAGGCCAGUCCAAAGCUUGACCCACAGUCUAUCUUGAAACAGAUGGAAGAGCAUUUGGCAGCCAAAGGUGUGACUGGGGAGGCUGCGAGAGAGCAACUGCUUCCACUCAAAAGAGAGAUUGAUAGAAUAUUAGAUGUGGGGACUACCUCGCAUGAUUCCCUUAAGGAGGAAUCGCCAAGAGAGCCAGCCAAACAGACCCCUUCACCCAAAAGCCGGCUUUCUACUUCAUCACUACCAUGUAGACCACCAAGCACAUCGAGAAGGUCUAAAAGUGGGAUCAAGGGAUACUCCAGGAUUCUAUGUGUAGAUGAGAAUCAUGGAAAAAUCUCGCGAACGAGAGUGGCCCAUGGAACUGGAGAAUGGAUAUUUAAACGAGUUGAUUCCAAGGGACUCUAUGUCAAUGAAACAAUACCCCCAGCUUCUGUGCCUUCAUCCGAAGUACACAACAUCACUAAUUCUUCGCGAUAUUCUUGGGCCAAUGAUUAUCCCAACGAAGUCAUCAGGAUAGUCAACCGAAGCAAAGCCCAAACUGUGUUAAAGAUAUGUCACCAGGAUUUUGUAACCUAUGACUUUAUCCUAUGUUUCACCGAAUCUACUGCUGAUGCAAUACGCUCUCUCCGUGCCGAUGCCGCCUCCAAGCACCCCGACAUUCUUGCCAGAAACACGGUCAAGCUCCUCACGUCUCCCUCUGAUACGUCGGGCGGUCAGUAUCUCUUAUCACUCCCAAGAGGCCAAUUGAGGUCGGAAAUGCGCAAGCUCAUCGACAACUUUAGAGACGAAGAGUUUGGAAAUUGGUACCAAGCCGCUAGUGUUCCUUCCGCAGCACGCUUUCGAACACUGCAAUUUGUUAUGGAUUUGAGAAACAUACCGAGAGGGAGCAAAGAACACGGAUACUCAUUGGCUGAGAUUCCGAAAGUGAAAGAAUGGGAGAAAGAGACUGGGUGUGUGAUUAGGAUCACGAAAAUGGUGGGUGGUGAGAAAUGUCUCAUUUCAGUGAUUGGACCGACAGGAUCUCAUGUCGGAGAUAACGGGAGUGGAAUCAACUCGCUCUUGCAUCGGGUUGAGGGGUUUUUUAAAGAGAGAAGUUCGUGA